AUGGGGUCAAGGAGGCUGGGUUUGUCACAGUCAACUGGCUUCUGUUACUGUACGGCAGAUGGCAUUCAUGGCUACGGCUACAGACCAGAUGUGUCACCGUCCAAACCCUAUUUGUUAAUAAUCUCCACCUUGCCUGACGAUGGCGAUCGUUCUGCGAACAGCCCGUCUCUGAUCAUCACUUCAGUCGGAGGGCAAGAUGAUAAAACACGCCCUUCGUCCCUGGACAGCUGCUCCACCCACGGUGCUGAGUACUGGGCUAGCCUCAUCCGCCAGUCUUACGGCGCCUUAUACAGUGGUGGAACGCUAGACACGGAAUGUCUGAAAGCUCCUCGUCGACGACGUGCAGGUAGGUAUGAUAUGGAGAGUCGGGAGACGGGUUCCGCGGGGCAUGACGGGAUCGAGACAGCGCCGCUCUCGCACUUGGAGUUGGGGGUGUUUUGUAUCCAGGUAACUCCGAAUCGAACAUAUCAACAGGUGAUCAAAUACGAGAGAGAUAUCGUGCUCCUUCGGAAAGCGAUACAAGCCCGGCAAAAAGCGGAAGAACAGGCUAGAGCCGAGGCGAGACACCAUACCGAGUGGAAUCAGCGGGUUCUUCGUCAAGGUCCGUGGGACGGAGUCAAGGAUCCACUCCCUCUCACCGGGGCGCCUGCACUGCCUAUGCCUGUCACGAUCAGUGAUGAGGAGAGUUUGGCAGCGUUCUUCAACCACCUGAGUGUUGGGGAUUCUCAUGAUACGUUGAUUCCUGUUUUGGUGGCUUCGCCCCGAAGUUUGCGUUCUUCUCCUCAAAAAGUAUUGUUUGGUCGCUUGACUUUUGCUAGGGUGCUCGUCCCACCCAAUAUCUCUCAGCUAAUGAUCAGUCUGGAAAGCAAUAACUUCAUUCGCCACUUCUUGCUCGGUAAUAAUAUGAUUGGGCCUGUGGGUGCCCGGCUGAUCUCGGACUUCGUACUUGCGCACCCCGACCGCAUGGAGACCUGGUACCUUGCCGGUAAUUGCAUUGACCUCGCUGGAUUUGAGCGCCUUGUCUCUGCGUGGACAACCUCGACUUCCAUCACCAACAUCUGGCUCAAGCGAAAUCCACUUGGUCCAAUAGCGUCUACUGCCCUGUCCGAAUCGAUCACUAAGACCUUGAAGUUACGCACCCUCGAUCUCGAUCAGACAGAACUGGGCGACGGAGGUGUUGCUCAUCUCUUUUCACUUCUGGCAAAUCACCAUAGCCCCACUUCACUGAGACAUAUCUACCUGAACGCCGUAGGGAUAGGCUAUUCCGCAUGCAAGAGUCUCGCGGAUUACCUCUCAUCCCCACAUUGCACAUUGGACUUUGCACCGGAAAAUCUUGGCAUACGAUACAAUUACCUCGGAGAUGAUGUGGUGGACAGUGUAAAGGUACUGGUGUCAAGCUGCGAAACACUACGAAUGCUCGAGCUUGGCACGACUGGCAUGACGCGAUCAGCGCUUGAGUCCAUUUCAGAAGAGGUAGUAAAAUCGGAGACGCUGGUGGUCUUCGCACCAAAGAGCGUGUACAACAAGGUCUCCACAAGGGUCAAGCUCUCUGUGAAUGAGCGCAUCAAGGAGAAUGUUCGGCAACCAUAG